GCUCUCCACGUCAGCCUACGUCUCCAAAUUUCUGCUUGCCGAGCCUGCUUGAAAGAGGCUCGGAGGCUCGGCGCUUCAGAGCCAUGUUCAGGGCGGUUCUAGAGGAGCCGAAGCSCAGCCAAGACGCCUAAGAAGCGGCUCCGCUCGUCGACAUGAUGGAUUUUGACGAACGGGUCCCCGUCGGAUCGAACAUGUAUUUGCCCAGUUGCACUUAUUACGUGUCAGCCGGGGCUGAUUUCUCCGGUCUUCCCUCGUUUUUGUCCCAGACUCCUUCCACGCGCCCCAUGACUUAUUCGUAUUCCUCUAACCUGCCGCAGGUCCAGCCUGUCAGGGAAGUGACAUUCAGGGACUAUGCGGGAAUCGAGGCGUCCGGGAAGUGGGCACACCGGGGCAAUCUGGCCCAGUGCUACCCGGGCGCAGAGGACAUGGUGCACCGGGACUGCUUGUCGGCGCAAACCGCCGUCGUCGGGGACGUGUUUGGGAAGAGCAGCCCCGCGGCUGCCGCCGCCGCCGCCGCCUACCACCACCACCACCAUCACCACCACCACCACACGGGCGCCUCCGCCGCCUCCUCCGCCGCCACCAACUUCUACGGCAACGUGGGCAGGAACGGCGUGCUGCCGCAGGCGUUCGACCAGUUCUACGAGACGGCGUACGGGAACGCGUCGGAGAGCUCCGCGGCGAGCGCCCUCUCCUCCGGGGACAGGACGAGCGCCAAGCAGCCGGAGCAGGCACCGUCCUGCCGGGACUCCGAGGCGAAGGAGCAGCGGGAGGAAACCAGCAGCCCCGAGUUAUCUUCCGGCAACAAUGAGGAGAAAUCCAGCAGCAGCAGCAGCAGUAGUGGACAGAGGAUCCGCAAGAAGAGGUGCCCUUAUUCCAAAUAUCAGAUCAGAGAACUGGAGCGAGAAUUCUUUUUCAGCGUCUACAUCAACAAGGAGAAGCGGCUCCAGCUCUCCCGGAUGCUGAACCUCACCGACCGACAAGUGAAGAUCUGGUUCCAGAACCGCCGCAUGAAGGAGAAGAAGCUGAACAGGGACAGAYUACAGUACUACACGUCCAAUCCUCUGCUUUAGGCGGAGGGGGGGAGGGAGGCCACGAGAGCAGCUCCGGUGGUCCCCCCCGCUGCGUGGGGAUACGUUUACAGACUCACUGACUCUCCUGUAAAUUGGACUUUGUGCGCCACAAUGGCCGCGUCGGCAGCAAUAACGCACUCUCGACGGUUAAUUUCAAGUUCGAGGACAAUAUGAAAUCCUUUGAACUGGAACCGUUUUCUCUGCUGCCCAAUARGAUUUGGCGAAAGCCAUAGCUGAAUGAUUUUUUUGUUUUUGUUUUCAAUCCAUGCGGGGUAUAAAAACAAACUAGCAGUUAUUAAUUGACUGCUUCAGUGUAUUUUGUAAUCAAAAGAUUUAUUAAAUUGUUUAUUUGUGUCUGUUGGUAAAAUCAGAAAAAAAGAGAAUUUAGGUGAAAUCCAACUGGUGUGACCAAAAUCAUGUGUUUCUGUUUUGUGCUUUAUUUAUUUGUAGCCACUYGUUUGCUCUCAUUUAUUGCUGUCCACGACACAAUUACAAGAGGGCUGCUGGGAGUCGGAGCUGACCUCCAAACCAGCUUUUUGUUGUCUCUAAUAUUGCCUGUGUAAAAAGAGAGCGAGAGAGAAAGAGAGCAAUAUAUUUCAUAUCUCUUGAAGCUUUUUUGUUUUAUUUUCUAUUUUCCAAAACUAUCGGUGCAGGCCAAAACCAGAGACAUAAGCUGGGUCCGCGCUGAGUUGCACUGACUUACAAUACAUUCACACAGGUGUGGCGCGUAAAUACGCUGCGGGCCCCCUUUUUUGUCUUAUGGGCUCUAAUGUUAAUUACAUAAAGAUUAAAGAACCAUAAGUUUGUUUACUUGUGGUAUAAAAGUGCAAAAAAAUAUCGUUGAAAUUUUCAAGUGCGCAUUCAGGGUCAUCGCAUUGAAUCAACUGCUUGGUAUGCCCACAUUAUUGUGUAUUAUAUUAUAUUUCCAAAUAAAAUCACGAAAACCUAA